UGCCAGUAUUGUUGCGGCUUUAGCAAGUGUCGUAUCUUUACAAUGGGUAGCUGAAUACGAUGCAGCGGUCAGCCGAAGUGGAUCAUCCCCAGAAGACCGUGUGAAACGAAGACAGUUCCGAUACGGUGGGAUGAAGAAAUGGAAGAUGCGAGAGGUUAUUGCGGCCCUGCCGGUACUCCUCUACUGCUCACUUGUUCUAUUCUUCGUCGGGCUGGCUCAGUGGAUGUGGAACGUGCAUACCACGGUCGGAGGAGUAAUCACUGGUGGGGCACUACUAGGGGCGGCAUUCUAUGUUGUCACGACACUUCUGGCAGUGGUGUUUCCUUCAUCGCCCUUCCGAGCUCCAAUCGUACGGUGGAUAUACGUAUCUGUUCACCUUAUAUUGCGUCCUUUCAUACUUGCUCGAAGAAGCUCCAGUGGUCAUGCUCCACAAAACGGAGUGGAAGCACAGGAGACGUCAUUGAAAGACAGAAUUCAAGGCAUUCUCAUCCAAGCCUGGCGGGGGGUCUCCACACUCAAUAGCUUUUUACUCCAAAUUCCAUCGAGAUUCAGUACUUUAACCAUUCAGGGCCGUGAUAAAGUACAUAUCGAUCUUGAACAGAAGCAAUUGAUUGGCAAUAGCCUAGCUUGGGUUGCGCAAAGUCUCAGUAUUUCAAGAGACUCUCACCGCCGACUGUUAUUCUUAGUGCAAGAAUUCUUGAAACUGGACGAGGAUCAGUGGCUGUCAAACAAUCUGCAGAAGAUACCGUGGGGCCAAAUCGUCCAUUUUCUAGCAUCCGAAUAUGCCCAGCAUGCCGCAUCUCGAAAGCUCACGGAAGAAGACGAGAGAGAACUUGCCAUUCUGUUUCGCUGUUUGCAGAAGCUCACUAUAGGAGCAGUCGCUGAUCCUGGAGACGAACGUGAUAUAGCACUCAACUUCGGAAGUUUCGGUGGAUCAAGAGAUGAAACUAUUGAUCCAAUUUAUCUCCUGUUUUACGACAUCGGAGUACCGGAAGAGUCUCUUUCUGUAGAAGCACAAAUAGGCCUGAGAGUUGGUUGCCUAAACCAACUUCAUUAUCUCUCUCAAUCCGUUCAAGAGAUUCGAGAUAUGCACAAAGAAAUCAUUUUGAUGGGGAUAAGUCAUAUGUAUGACUAUCUACUACCUCGGUUGUCUCGAGCGCUGGCAGAACGUAUUCAUGAUGAUGCCCAAGAUCGUGUUAAUAAUCUAAUCUUUUUGAUGCACCUCCAAUCGCCGCCACUACGAGGGUCUUCGGCUAUGGCCUUGACUCGAACUGGGGGAAAGAUACCUGUGGCACGACCUUCAAAUUUAAUCCAGCAGCUCAAUUGUGUCAUGUGGAUAGAAUCUCAAACAUAUCAUCCGUAUAUUGAUGACGUAUUAAAUGCUCUGCUAGUCACCCAAAACAGAACCCCGGCCAUCUCCCUUUUAUGGAAACCUACUAUCACGGAUGAAGAGGUUACGGCAAUAUUGACCCUGGUCGACGCUCAUCAUAGAGAAGAAUUCAAGAAAUCGAUUGGCAUACUACAUAAAGCCGCACAUAUGAAUAGGGUAUUGUUGGCAUUUGACGAACUCAUUACACGCGGAUGCCACGAACAACAGCAGUGUGUUAUAAUAGAAUUAAUAUUCAACGAGCUUCGAAGAUGCAACUCCCCGCCUCUGGUAGAAUACUCCAAUCCUGUGGCCAAAAAGCUCCUAGAUGAGCUUCGAAACCCCUGGAUUCGGUUAAUUGUCUAUUUGGCUGCUGGAAUGAACGAGCAGUUAGACGAUUUCUGCAUGCAAUAUUCACGGUUACCGUUUAAUUUGCAGAAGCUUUUAAGCCAAUAUCUUCUAGAGGAUGGGUACUUUAUCAAUCCACCCAGCGCUCGCCGAGUACAAAUGCGAUGGUGGAACCAACUUGCCCAUCUUCAUACACACGAAGAUCGUCUACGACUGGAGUUUACAAAUCCCGCUCUUGGGGUGGACGAGGGGGGAGACUUUCUGUUGGAAAUAAUUCACUCACCCUUCAAUAUCCAGCGUUACAGCAGUAGUAUUGGAUACGAGAGAGGUUAUGGGUUUAUUCCUGCCCUCCUCUCUGGGGAUGACUGGAGAUUCUGUAUUACAGGUUCUAUUUUCAAGCCAGAAUGUAUCUCUCGCCUUCUGGAAUUCGCUGACGAUGUCAAGCUUCACCCAGGCAGAUUCGUUGUUUUACUGGCCAAGCUCGCUUGGGCUGACUACCGAUGUUUCCCAACUCGUUUCGGACCUCAGUAUGCUCUAAAUCUGUAUUACAUGAUAACACUCAUCGAAGGUUACUGCACAAGUGAUUAUACCAAAUCACAUAUUGCCAGUUCACACGACUUGGCUAGGGCUCUCCAAAAGUUGAGAGAUAUAGUGCCGCUUUUAGCGUCAGAUGUACCCAGGUCAUCCAGGGACUCCGAACACCAUAUCCUACAACUUUUGGGAUCCAAGCCAGACGAUCUCUUAUUUGUGUUCGAUCCCUCAUUGUCGACAAUGCAGCGACAGGUCCCCUUCCAACUACCCGGUCCGAAUCCUCUAGGUCCAAGCGCUUUAUCUACUAUAUGCAUGAUCGCAACGAUCUUCUCGUCUUCCCAUUUACGACCUACAACCUGUACACCUAAAGGAACGUCAGCAAUUAGCACAGAAAAGAGAUUACUUCUACAGACCAACAG